AACAUACUCUUACCUCGUCCACAAAGGACAGACAGCUCGAAGGUCUCCGCCAACAGUGCCGACCGUAGACUGUCAUCUCAGGGGAGCCAAUAUCUCGAGUGACGCGCCUACAUGGUACAACAUAUAUUAUGGUGGCCAAGAUCUCAGAAUGCUUGGGGCGUUCUUUAUAGCGUCCCAGCAGCAAGACCGAGGAACUUUCCACCACAAACGCCCUGUUGCUGGAGACCGACUAAGGAAGGUUGUGGAAAACUCACGACCCGUGCAGCUACAAGGAAGCGUCCUACAGACAUUAUCUGUAAUGUAUCGGAACUCAACGUGUUAAUGGAGAAGUGGAGUGGACGGGCUCACUUUGAAGUGCACGAAAUCUAUGCACAGGAGAAUCAAGCCUCAUCAACAUUCCGUAUAGGCAUUGGAGACUUGACGAUCCUGUCAUGCGCCAGCACCUCUGACGAUGCAGUCGGAGUAAUGGAUUCGGAACAUUAAUUGGCAGGUCGUAUC